AUGGCACGGCUUACACCCAGCAUUCAACAAACAUACAAAGCCCAUUUGAUGUCUGCAGCUUCUGUUGUUGAUCUCUCGAAAAUACGCUGUGUUAGCGAAUCAACUACGUGGGGAUAUUUGUGUUCUGCUGUUGAGCUAGGACUUCCGGUUCAUUUGGACAAACUGGGCAUUGAUAAGAGUCUCCUCAACAGUGUAUUCAGUGCUGCUAGAGAGAAACUGGGUGGAGAUGUGUAUAGACUGAAGCAAUUAAUGGAAGCGCUACCACCGGAUUUUAUCGACUACAAUCGCCUCAAAAUUAUCAGGGCAAUCUUGUUGUGGGAAUACGAGGCCGAUUCUACUGAAUCUUCAACAUCAGUCUCCACAAGUGCUGUCCCAGAGGAAACGAAAUCGAACGCUUCGCAGAAAACUACAGUACCAUCAUGGAUGUUGAAUGCAGUUCCAGCUCAACCGCAACCAAAAAAGAAGAAGAUAUUUCUUUAA